UACAUUCCCGAAAAAACGUCCAAAGAAGAACAGGAGAUGUGCUUAAUAGUUUUGAAGCACUUGGGAUGAUAUCAARAGAUGGGAGUAUCGUGAAAUGGUUAGGCUACCCAAAAUACGAAGAAGAAGAGGAGAUAAGGAAGCUAAUGGAGGAGAAGCAAAACCUUGAGGAAUGCAUCCAAGGAAAGACAAACGACCUGGAUACACUGGCUAGUCAAGUCCGUUCCCAGAAUAUUCCCGAAAUAAUUCCAGUUUUAAAUAAACAGAAUGGACUGAUUGGGUCUAAUGAUGUGCAAAUCCAGUUAAUGCCCCUCAAGAGCCUGCUCCACAAAAAAAAGAACGAGGUAAAGGAACAGCAACAGGGCAUUGUCAAUCUGCCUUUCAUUGCCAUCAGAAUGGAUAAGAAUACGAACGUGGAAUGCAGUGUUUCUUCUGAUGGGUGA